GCUUCUCUCAGAGCAAGACCUGCUCUUCCACUCUGGAAAUCAAUUAUUGGCUGUACCUGCAUCCAGCAUCUCCACCACAAACACACUCUUCUGCUGCAUCGGUGCCAUGCUGCCGGGAGGCUGUGCAUGAGAAAGUAUGUCGUCAGACUUCUACUCCAGAGAUGACCUGGUGGAAAGGGGGGCCAUCCCCCUGGACAUCGACAACGUCCACUUGCUGCUGCAGGUGGAACAAGAACAGAUUCAGAAGAAGACCUUCACCAACUGGGUCAAUGCUCAGCUGGCAAAGCGGAGGCCACCGUGCAUGGUCGUGGAUCUGUUCAAUGAUUUCCGUGACGGCUCCAAACUGUUGGACCUGCUGGAGGUGAUGAGCAGCCAGCGCCUUAGUCGGGAGAGAGGCAGAGGAAUGUUUCAGCACAGGAGCAACAUUGAGAAAGCCCUUUCCUUUCUAAAGCAGAAAUCGAUCAAACUCGUCAACAUAAACAUUCCCGACAUUAUUGACGGUAAACCGUCCAUCAUCCUGGGCCUUAUAUGGACAAUCAUUCUGCAGUAUCAUAUCGAGGAGUUGGCCAGCGGCCUCUCGUUCAGCUCCCGUCAGUCCUCCAUGGAGUCUUUGACCAGCCUGGACUCGCGCUCCACCCUGUCGAGCCGCUCAGCCAGCAGUAGUCCUGUUCCUCCCAGAGGCUCCCCGCUCCACAACCGUUUCAGGGUUUCUGCCAAGAAGGCCCUGCUGCUCUGGGUCCGGGAACAGUGCCACAAAGCUGGAUGUACAUUAAAUGUUAAAGACUUCAAAGCUAGCUGGAGGAGUGGAGUGGUCUUCCUGGCAAUCCUGUACGCUCUGCGGCCUGACCUGGUGGAUCUGUCCAAAGCCAGAACCAGAAGCAACAAGCAGAACCUGGAGGAGGCCUUCUGCAUCGCAGAGAGAGAGCUGAGGAUCCCCAGACUGCUGGAUCCCGACGAUGUGGACGUUCGAGACCCCGAUGAGAAGUCCAUCAUGACCUACGUGGCUCAGUUCCUGCAGUACUCCAGAGACCUGCCAGUGCCAGAGGAAGAAAUGCAGACACAAUACCUGAAUCUUCCUAAAAGUCCUUCUCCUAUCAACCUGCCUGUUCAUUACACUCCUGCUGUUUCUGCUUCACCUCUGCGUCAGGCGACACCUGAUCGAAAGGCAAAGGAAGUGACAUGCUGGCUGGCUCAGGCGUACGAUGAGCUGCUGGAGGGAUGGGACUCCACAGAGGGAGAGAGCUACUCAGAGAGAUACCAUGUAUUUCAUACCUUUCUGGUGUCCUUUAAUGAGCAACGGCGUCCCAUCAUGCCUUUGUUGACAACAAUGAGACGAACCCCGAAACUGAGCGAUGAGCAGCGGGCUCUCAGAGAGGCGUGGGACGCACUCAGUUUAAAGCUCCGUGAAUACAAAAUUGAGUUAGAUACGAGUCUCCCGGGACCACUGAACACGGUGGCUUGCUGGCUGUUGAAAGCGGAGGGGGCUCUGUCCGAGGAGGAGGGCGACAUACCGGACCAUGGCCGAGCCGCUGACGAAGCCAGGGAGAAACAGGAACUGCUGAAAGUUUGCCUGGAGGAGAUGCCGCAGCAUGUGAAGAUCUUCCAGUCCUUCCAGAACGUGGAUGAGUAUGGAAACAUGGUGGUUCCUACUGACAAGAUGGAUGAACUAAAGAGGAGGUUCACCAGUGUGAGAGUGUCUGCUAAAUACCAUGGGAUCAAGCUUGAGUACCGGGAGCACCGCCACACAGUUUUGGAUCUGUUGGGGCAGAUCAGGACCAAGCUCCAGGUCUGGAAGAGACCUUAUAUUUCCCCAGAGGCUGUCAGGGUGUUGCUGCAAGAAUGGCAUGAGCUGAUAAAAACACAGGAGCUACCUACUUUGUUGAAAGCAGCUCUUCAUAAGCUGAAGCAGAUUUCUGAGAAAUAUUCAAGCAAAUCUGCCCUAGCUUCAGAUUACCACCACGUCAGUCAGCAGGUGAAGCAGCUGGAGCAGGACACCGCCGUGGUUUUGGAGGAAGUGACCAAAGCCAAGAGCACCAUGGGACGGGUCCUGUCUGCCUGGGACUCCUACAGCGACAGCCUCAGCUCCCUGCAGGCUUGGCUGGAGCAGGGCUCUUUAACACACAGUCAUGGCCACAGGCCAGAGGUGACAUCGGAGUCCAUCGCUGAGUGGGGCUCACGACAGGCCCACUUGAAUGAGGUGGGCAACUUCCUGAUCGAGUCAACAGACCCUCAGACCAGCAGGAGCCUGGCAGAGGAGCUGCGCAGAGUCAACAUGCACUGGGCCGAGUUCGUCAAGAGAAACACAUUCGACAGCAUGGCUGAGCCCAGUGCAGACGCUCAGGCCAGACCCCAGGAUGUCCAAGCUCUGAUCAGAGAAGCCACUCACAUUUUCAAAGAGCCACUGGAGACCAUGGCAGGUCCCUUACGCACUUACAGAAAAAGAAUACAGUUCAUAAUGAGGAAGAUAAAAGAAGUGGAUCUGGAGGCUCUGAAUUCCUCCCCAGAAUGCCCAGCGGAUCAGUUACAGAAACUGAAGCUUACUAUACCUGAAGUGAUGCACACCUUGCUUGAGGCAGAACAGGUAUGUACAGAGCUGCAGCAUAGUGUGUCAGGUCUGGACACUCGCCUGGCUGAACUCCUGCAUUGGGAGACCGAGGCCAGGGAGCUCUACCAGCUGCUGAGGGCCUCAGAGCGACAACAGCGGGGCCAAGACCCACGUGCAAGGGUCCUGAUAUCCCGGGGUCUACAGCUGGAGGGUCAGGUGGUCACAGAGGAGCAGGACCUGCAGGUGAUGGUGAUGACGAGUCAGAAGGACUCUCCCAUCCAGUAUCUCCACGCCUCCGCCAUGCAGGACCGAGUGCGAGCCACUGUUGCUCAGUCACAGGAAGCUGUAGGUAUGCUGAGCAGCCUGGGAGCCAGAAGAGACCGAAGCAGAAGCCCUCCAGAAGGGCCACCAUCAAAAGUCUUUAUCCAGGCUACAGGUCAGCCUCAGCAUCUGAGAGAGCCAGACACCAGGGACCCAACUCAGCAGCCAGACACAAAGUUAGUUUCUAAUCAGUAUCAUGAAACCUUUGUGCCAAAAAUUGUGGUGCAGGAAUACAGAGAAGAAAAGACAACUUCUCCUCCAAUGCCAUAUACCUACGCACAAGCUGUGAUGCAGACCAGGACAAAGUCACCACCAGAAGCAGUGGAGACCGCCACACAAAAACAACAACAGACUCAGGAACAAGGGUUGACAUCACAGCGAGAACUACUGCAGCAGGAACAAUAUCAGAGACAGACAGGAAAAGAGCAACAACAGCAAGAACGCAGGCAACAGCAGCCGCAAGAAGUACAACAGCAGGAGUUGAAGCCAACACAGCCACAACCACGGCAGCAAGAGCAAUAUCAGAGUCAGACAGGAAAAGAGCAACAACAGCAAGAAUGCAGGCAACAGCAGCCGCAAGAAAUACAACAGCAGGAGUUGAAGUCAACACAGCCACAACCGCGGCAGAAGAAGCAGGAACAACAGGUGGAGCAGCAGCAGCAGCAGCAGCAGCAGCUAGGAAUGCAUCAAUAUCAAGUUCAGCAGCAUGUGGUAACUCAUAUACAAGUUGAACCACAAGUCGCACAAGCAUCAGAGCACCAGAAGCAGACUUCACCUCAACAACAACCUGUAAGUAAGCCACCUCUGAGCUCCCAGGAGCUUCAAAGCAGAAAGGCUCAGGCCAUGAAGAACCGGCCCUGGCUUCAGAAGCCAGCCUCAGGAGAGAAUAAAACUCCAGAUCCAGAACAGGAUUCCACUCAGGAACCUAGACAGACACAGCCACGGUCAGAAAGAGAAACUGUGGGAUCAGUUCAGGUUGUUCCACAGCAUACAGCUGCCAGACCACAGCCUGAGACACAUGCAAAGGUUACUGAGCAACCACAACAGCAGCAAAAAGAGCAACAAAAACAAACACAGCAACUCCAAAUCCAGCAGCAGCAGCAGCAGCAGCAGCAGCAGCAGCAGCAACAACAUCAGCAGCUGUCAUAUCACCAACAACAACAAAAAGAAAUGCAUCAGCAACAACAACUACAGCGUCUGGAAAAACAGGAACGGAUGCUGCAGCAGCAACAACAACAACAGCAAUCACAACAACCACUGCCUGUAAGAAAGGCACAACCACAUUCAGACACCAAGGCUAAAUCACAGAAAGCAACUAUGGCUCAGCUUCACCCACAAACAAAGGCCAAAAACCAGUCACAAGCCCAGACUUCAGUUCAUUCUAAAUCACAGACACUGGUCCAAGUGCAAAUGCAGUCUACAAGUGUGUCCCACACUAUGACAGACAGUCAGCAACCACUGAAAACCAUGUCCCAAACCAGAGUAAACCAGGAUCAGACACAAGUUCUUCAGCAGCCCCAUGGCCCCAUGAAGAUGCAGUCACCGACCCAACUACAGCCCCAAGUUCAGACUCAGCCCCAAACAUAUGUCCCAGCUGGACCUCAGCCAUCUAUGCAGCAACAGGGUCUAGGCCAUGGCCCAGCUGUAGCUCAAGUACAGACAUGGGCUCAAGUCAGACCUUCUUCCCCUAUGCAGACUCCAAUGCAUGGCCAAAUUCCGCCUCCUGUGCCAUCUCACAUUCAGCUUCGUAGUCAUCCACAGUCAUGGGCUCCUGUUAGGCCCCCCUCCCCUAAGCCUCCAACACAUACCCAGUCUCAAAUUGAUGCUCAGUCAAUGUCCCAGUCUCAAACCCAUCCUCAGUUAAUGCCCCAGUCACAAAUCCAUCCUCAGUCCAUGGCCCAGCCUCAAACCCAUCCUCAGUUAAAGACCCAGUCUCAAAUCCAUCCUCAGUCCAUGGCCCAGUCUCAAACCCAUCCUCAGUUAAAGACCCAGUCUCAAAUCCAUCCUCAGUCCAUGGUCCAGUCUCAAACCCAUCCUCAGUCCAUGGCCCAGCCUCAAACACAUCCUCAGCCAGUGGCUCAGCCAAGCCACCUCCAACCUUCAACCCAACAAACCCAAUCUCAACUUGUAGUCCAGCCUCAGGGUCAUUCUCAGCCUAUGACUCAGUAUCCCAUUCAUGCUCAGCCAGUGGUACAGCACCAAGGCCAUAUUUCCCAGGGCCAAAUCCAUACAUGGACUCAAGUUAGAGCAUCAUCACCAAUGUCUAUCCAGCAUCCACAGGCUACAGCACAACCUCCAUGUUACCCCCAAGGUUACUCUCAGGGUCAGUCUCCAUCCCAGCAGUGGACACUCAAACAGGAGCCACAAAGCCAAGCCGUUGCCCAGCAGAGGCAUCCAAUUCCCCAACCAUACCCUCAGCAAAUAGGUCAAGCUCCACAGGCUCAGGCUUAUCCAACAGUUCAGGCUCUAUCACAGUGGUCCCAAGCUGGGCCUCAGCUAGGACCUCAGAUAGGGCCCCCGGAGUAUUCUCACAUGGGACCAUCAUAUACUCAACCUCAGAUGCAGCCACAAACACAACCCUGGGCUCAAACACAACCCCAAGUGAGACCCCAGAGUUCUAUGCAACAACAAUCUCAGAUGAGUUCUUAUGAUAUGUUUCAUAUCCAGACACAACAAGGCCAAGUUCAGCAACAAACAUGGGUUCAGUCACCACCUCAAAUUCCACCCCAGCCUUAUCCCCAGCCUCAUCCUCAGCCUCAUCCUCAAUCUCAGCAAUAUCCACAGGUUCAACAUCAGCCUCAAACUCAGCGUCACUCACAGCCACAGAUGCAAGCUCAAAUACCUCCCCAAUUGCAACUGCCACAACUUCUUUCACAGCCCCAGCUUCAACAUCAGCUGCAGGCUCAGUCUCAAACACACAUCCAGACACAGCCAUCGGUACAAGUAAGGCCCCAGUCCCAGACUCAGCAGCCUCAGAUCAAUCUUCAGUUUCAGCAGCCACCUCCACAACCCAAACAUCAAGCCCAGCUACAACCACAACCAAAGAUUCAGUCACCUACUCGACCAAAAGGUGAAUCACCUCCACAGCCCAAACUUCUUGCCCAAUUAGUUACACAACCAGAGUUUCAAUCAGCAACUCAACCUAUGGUUCAGUCACCAACUCAAUCCAAGGCUGAAUCACUGCCGCAACCCACACCUGAGCCCCAGUUUGCGCCACAGCCCAUGGCUCAGUCACCAAUCAAGGCCGAAUCACCACCACAACCAAAAUUGCAGGCCCAAACUGCACCACUACCUGAUGCUCAAUCACCUACCCAACCCAAGGCCCAAUCACUGCCACAACCCAAACCUCAAGAACCAUUGUCACUACAGCCUCAACUUCAGGCUCAGUCACCAAUACUACCCAAGGCCCAAACGGCACCACCAUCUGAAGCUCAAUCACCAACUCAACCAAAGGUUCAGUCACCAACCCAACCCAAGGCCCAAUCACUGCCACAACCUAAACCUCAGGCACAAUUACCACCACAGCCCCAAAUUCAGGAUCAGUCCCCACUCCUCAUGGCCCAAACUGCACCACAGUCUAAGGCUCAAUCACCCCCACAGGCCAGACCUCAGACCCAACCGCUUCCACAGUCAAAACCUCAAACUCAGUCUCCUCCGCAACCCAAACCUCAACAACCCCAAACUGUUCUCCGCUCCCAGGUCAAUGUGCUGCCUCAGUCCCAGGCUGAGUCACCAGACCUGUGCAUUACACCUCCGGCCCUGGCCCAGGUGCCUCCCCAGGCCUACACAGAGGCUUACACCAAGGCCCAGGCUUUGGCCAGAAAUGGCUUUGAGGAGGCCAAGCACUGUCUGCAGGAACACAUCCUGGAAACCAUUAACGUUUUUGAGGACAAACGUAUAUCAACUGAGCAAGUAUCAGUGAAAGAGGAGACUCUAAGGACCUUGGACCCAGAGUUGCUGGAGGAGUUCUUGAGAGCAGCCAAGGGCAUGGAGGCCUUUUGUACCCCCUCACAGCUCAGAGACAUGGAGUUCUACACCCAGUCAGUCAGGACACAGUGGGAGGCUGUGAGAGCUGAGAUCUCAGGCUUUUUGCAGCAAUUACGUUUUGAAGUAACAAGGAAAGACUUUAACACAGCUGCCCUACAGUGUGAGAUGCACUUAAGGUCCCGAUUAGAAAACCAAGCGCAGGCUUGUAUCUCAGAGGAUGGCAGCUUUGCCCAGGCAGGGCAGCACCUCGAGGCCCUGAAAGAGCUGUGUGACACCCUGAGCCCAGAGGAUGCUCACCGCCUGGCCCAGACUCAGCUAAGGGAGUGCGAGAACAGGCUGGCUGCCAUCCAGCGCCAGUUCAGCGGAGACCAAGAUGCACCACUCCCAGAUUCUAGGAUCUCUGUUGCCUUUAGUGAGGAUCUGACCACACAAAAGGAACCUCCAAGACCAAGUGACAAACCUCAGAUCUCAGCUGAGGUGUUUCAAGUACCAAUGAAGACAGUCAGUUUGGAGAGGAGGGAGGUUGAAAAGCAGAUGUCUGUAGAGGAAGAAGUCAACAAGAAGGAGGCUUUAGAGAGAUAUGAAAAUUGUAAGAGGAUGCUGCAAGCCCAACUGGCCAAAAAUGAACAGAGCAUCCAGGAUGUUCCCUCUGACUCCGUCUCUCUUAAAGGCCUGCAUACAAGGCUCCAGGAAAUACAGUUCUUGAGGCAGGAAACAGAAUCUCUGUGGUCUGAGUAUGCAAACCAGUGCUCCCAGUGUUCCCAGAUGAGCGGGGACACUGGUCGGGAGCAGGAGAAGGCAGAGCUGCAGGAGCAGUGGCGCACCCAACAGUCCAACCUUCAGAAGAGAGGCAGCUCCCUGGGCGCUGCCCUCAGACAGAUCGACUCCACCGAGAACCACAUGGUGGACUUCACCGACCGUCUGGACCGCUUUCUAAGACAGCCCAAAGACAUCACUGCCUUCACACUGGCCAACACCAACAUCCUGAGAGAUAUUAAGGAGCUGGAUGACAACAUCCAGAGCGAGCUGGACCAGGUGUCCCGUCUGGACCCUGAAUCCAGCGAUCUGGACCCAAGAGACUGCUUCGCUCUGUCCUGUGAGGUUGAGACUCACAGAACCAGCCUGGAUCAGCUUCGACAGCAGGUCCGCAAGAGCGAAGCAGCCGCACGUGCCCUCGACCGUUUCCUCAUGUCUUUGCGUACCGUAGAUGAAGACAUCUCUGGAGUCCAAGGCGCCCCCUGCAGUGACGCUCAGGUACUGCAGGAGUGCCGUUCCAAGCUGGCUCUGAUCAGGCAGAGCAUCGACAGUCUGAAGGAAAAGGCGCCUCAGCUGGAUCUGCUCCUGCAGGGGGCCAGGCUGACGGUCACCAGGGAUGCUGUCCCAGCCUCCUGCCUGGACAUGGUGACUGCCCUGCUGAGAAGGCUGGAGGAGGCUGACAAUGGGCUGGCCAGCCAGCAGAAGGGCAUUCAGAAGGAGACACACAGCAAAUCCCUGGGCCUGAGGAAGAGGACACUGCUGGGGGAGCUGAGGACGCUGCAGGAUACUAUUGAAACACAAGGCCUGAAGGAGCCCACCAUGCCUGCUGUACAACACAGGCUUCGUGCCCUGUCAGAUUUGGAGGGUCAACUUCAGGCCCAGCAUGCCGAAGUCCAGAACCUCCGUGAACUUCAAGAAGAACAGGGAGGAGGAGAAAACCUCUUUGAAGAGCUGGAGACUCAGUGGAAGGAGACCCAGAAAGCUUUUUCUGACAGGAAGAAGCAGUGCAACGCCCUGCUGGAGCUUCUGAAGAAGUUCCAGAGCUGCCGCAGUCACCUGAGCAACACCAUGCAGAGAGCAGAGCAGGCGAUCGGUGAUCAGGCUUCCUACAUGGGCAAGGACAACCUGCAGAGGAGUAUAACCAAGGUCCGUGAUAUUAAAGAGGAGCUGGGGGGUCUUGGGCAGCGUAUGGAAGAGAUGAGGGGAGUUUGCAGACAGCUGCAGUCCCAACUGAAGAAGUUCCCAGACUGUAGUGAGACUCCCUUUGAAGCUGAGGCUGACACACUCAUGGACAACUGGCUGGAUGUGACAGAGAAGACAGAUGCCUACAUGGACAACCUCCGGGUGGCGCUGGAGCUGUGGGAGAAGCAGCUAAUGUUGGGAGGAGAGGUGGACACCUGGGCGGGGGCCAAACUGGCCCUGUUUGCGGAAAGCCAUCCCUUCCACAAUGAACAACAAGUACUUGCCAUGAGGGAUGAGAUCCAUGCCAAUGAGGAGAACAUUGAGCAUUUCCUCAAGAAGUCUGUAGAGAUCCAGGAGAUGCUGCAGAGUCAGGAGGCACCGCUGGAGCUUCAGGUGAUGGAAACUCAGCUGAAGAAGCGGAUGCAGCAGGUGCAGGAACUGUUCUCCGACUGCACUGACGUCUUUGAGGAGCUGAUAGCUGUGAAAACCCACCUGGCUGAGAAGAUAGAGGAGUGCCAGUCAGCUGUGGAGAACAUCCAGUGUUCUCUCAGCAGGGUUGAUGCAACACAACCGAAGGUGGAAGACCAGAUUCAGGAUCUGUGUGACGAUCUGGAGGCUCAGGAGGAGCAGGCUGAGGCUGUGUUGAAGGAGGUGGGUUUGGUUUCCAGUGUGGCCAGUCCUCAGGUUCUGGAGGCGCUGUCUGUAGACUGCAACAGGAUGAGGGAGGCCAUCUCCCGCACCAAGGACAUGAUCCACCUGAAGCGGGAGGAGAGGGACAAAGGCCUGCUCAAGGUUAUCAAAGAUGAAAAGCAGUCCUUUGAGGCAUGGUUCCAGGACUUGCAGGUGUCCGUCAAUGAGUGCUUUGAGAACCCUGAGUGCAGGACAGAUGUGGAAACAUCUCUGCAAAGACUCACUGCCUUCUUGAAAUCCAAGGAUGCAGAGAGACGUCUGGUCCAGCUGAAAAAUCAGCUGGAGAGGGGCAGCCAGCAGGUUCCUCCCCAGCAGCUCUCUGAGUUCACCGACUGGCUGAAGGAGCAGCAGGAGGAGGUGGGCACAUUCGGAACCCACUGCCACAACAGGCAGAAACAAAUGGAGUCACUACUCAGUGACUUGAACAGUCUGCAGAAGCAACACGACAGCUUCCGUGAUUGGCUGCAGACCAAAGAAAAACAGUCUGUGGAGUCAGACAAAGUCAAACAUCUUCUCAAAGACCUUCAGGAUGAGAGUGGGAGAGCUGACACCCUCAGCGAGGUUUUAGCGUCAGUACGCAGGCAAGGAGUCAGAGCCGAGAGCCUCCUGAAGGACAGUGACAACUUGAUACAACGCUACCGAAACCUGGAAGCCAGGCUGCAGCAGCAGGCAGACGCCCAGAGAGCCUUGGAGGGGGAAUGUGACAAGUUUAAUACCCAGGCUGAGAGCACCAGGACCUGGAUUACUGACCUUCUGCGACCCCUCACCUCCGCUGGCACAGGAAACCAGACAGAGGAGAUGAAGAACAAGGCACAGGUCAUCCUGAACUCCAAACCUGAGGGAGACUCUAAAGUGAACGACCUGAGGAGACGAAGCAAAAGUCUGUGUGAGCAGGAGGACCUGGAGAAGGGCAGGAAACAGGAGAUUCAGCAGUCAGCCAGAGAGACCGAGGCGCAGUGGAGGACGACUCUGCAGACAGCUGAGGAGGCUCUCAACAAGGCAGAGACACAAGCCCUGCUCGACAAGGACUUGGACGCUUUCAGAACCCAGAACGAAAGUGUUCAGUCCUGGAUUAGAGACCAGGAGCAGAACCUGCAGUCGAUUGAUGGCUGCAUGCAAACUGAAGAAAAGCCUCAGAUUGCACAAGCCACUCUGAGCUCCAAGCCUGAUGGAGACUCAAAGCUCCAGGACCUGAAGCGACAAUGCCAGAGUCUGUGUGACAACCAGGGCCUGGAUGAGAGCAGGAGAAGAGAGGUUGAGCAUGCAGUCAAAUGCAGAGAGAAGGAGUGGAGUAAAGUCCUGCAGGCUGCUGAGCAGGCUCUCAACAAGGCAGAGACUGAAGCCACCACCGAAAGAGACUUUGAUGCUUUCAAAACCCAAAGUGAAAGCAUCCAGUCCUGGAUCAGAGAGCAGAAGCAGAAGCUGUCCCCUGGUGGUCAUAUGCAGUUUGAAGAAAGGUUACAACUCGCACAGGCUCUUAUGACCUCCAAACCUGAGGGAGAGUCCAAGGUGCUGGACCUGAAGAGGCGAGGUGACAGUCUGUGCGAGUGUCUCGGGGAGAGCAGGAAGCCAGAGAUUCAACAGCUGCUAAAAGACACGGAGCAUCAGUGGAGAACGGUUCUGCAGACCGCCAGACAGGCAGAGCUCCGAGGUCUAUCAGACGACUUCGACACUCAGAGUAAGAACACUCAGUCCUGGAUCAGAGACAGACAACAGAAGCUGCAGUCUGUGGGCGCUCGCACACCACCUGAAGAGAGAACCAACACAGCUCAGACCAUCUUGAGCUCCAAACCUGAAGGUGACUGUAAAGUGAAUAACCUGAGGAGGCGAGGCCAGAGUCUGUGUGACCAUCAGGACGCAGACGAGGGCAGGAAAGCCCACAUUCAGCAGACAGUGAGAGACACAGAGGAGCAGUGGAAGACGGUCCUGCAGGCUGCUAAACAGGUCGAAGCCGCUGCAGGAGCUGAGAUCACCCAGGAGGCCGAGAGAAAGAAGCUGGAGCUGAGAGAAUUUGAUACCCAUCAGCAGGACACUGACAGCUGGCUUAAAGACUUCCAACAACAACUGGACUCACUGAACAGCCAAACCAAAGCUGAGGACAGACUGCGCGCAGCUCAGGCCAUUAUGAGCUCCAAGCCCCAAGGAGACUCCAAGCUCCAGGAGCUCAGGAGACGAAGCCAAAGUUUGUGUGGGCAGGACCUCGAGGAACACAAAAAACAAGAGCUUCAGCAAAAAGUAAGAGGCGCUGAAGAGCAGUGGACAAGAGUCAUGCAAAAUGCCAAACAAGCCCUGGAUCAGGCUGAGAAACAGUGUGCUCUGGAGGGCCAUAUGAGAGACUAUAAAGCCCUGAGAGAAAACACCAGAACUUGGCUGGAAGACAAGCAGCAGAGCCUUGUGUCCCUGGACAGUCAGACAGACCCAGAAAGCAUCAUCAACACGGCACAGACUAUCCUAAGCUGUAAGCCUGAGGGAGACUCCAAGCUGACAGAACUGAGGAGACAGAGCCAGAGUCUGUCCGACCAGGAGGACCUGGAGGAGAACGCGAGACGAGAGGCCCAGCAGACGGUAAAAGACUCAGAGGAGCAGUGGAGGACGGUCCUACAGUCCGCUGAGAACACUCUGAAGAAAGCGGAGGUCCAGUACUCGCUCUCCAGGGAGCUGGAGGCCUUCCGUAUCCAAGCAGAGAGUACAAAGACCUGGGUUAAAGAGCUGCAGCAACAGGCUGAGUCCAAAGGGAGCAGCACUCAGGGCAGCCGGGCUCAGAUAGAGGACAGGCUGAACACAGCACAGGUCAUCCUGAGCUCCAGGUCCAAUGGUGAGGCACAAGUGACGGGGCUGAAGAAACGAGCACAGAGCCUGUGUGAGCAAAAAGACCUUGAGGGAGACAAGAAACUGGAGGUUCAGCAGACGGUCAAAGACACUGAGCAGCAGUGGAGGACGGUCCUGCAGGCUGCUGAGGAGACACAGAGGCAAUUGAAGGGUGUUGUGGACCGCCUGGCGUCCUGUCAGCACCAGCAAAGUCAGGCUGAGGCCCGUCUGUCUGAGCUUCAGAAGCAGACGUCCAGCCUGCCGCGUGCCUUCCCCUGGCCGGGCCUGGGAGAGCGGAGGCAGGUGGUGGAACAGGCCCGGACCCUGCUGGACCAGAGCACAGCUUUGGCCCCCGUCCUCUCAGACGUACGCAAACAGACCGCACAGCUGUUUGAGAUCACACAGGACCGUGGCUGGUCAGAUCCCUCCUGGGAAGCCAAGGAGGAGUCCAUUCCUGCCCUGCUGAAAGAGCUGACUGCUGCUAUAGCUAACCUGGAGCAGGGCAUUAUGACGGAGAGGCAGUGCACCCAGCUGGUCGAGCAGCAUGAAGCAGCCCAGGACUGGCUGAGGGAGCAGGUUAAAGGCCUGGGAGCUCCUCCAGCAGACAGACAGGGUCUGCACAGCACAGUCAACACUCUGAAGGCUUUGCUCCAGACAGUGGACAGGGAGCAGAGAGAGAUGAAGGAGCUGGACUCCGCCAGAGACAGCUUGCUGGACCUCUGUACCCCUGGAGGUCGGGAUGCUCUCACCCUGGAGGUCAGCCAUCUCCACGACCUCUGUGCCACCUCAGAGCAGGAAGUGAGGGAGCGCCUGACAGCCUGUGAGACACGGCUGGGGGAGCUGGACGCUCAGCUGGCAAGAAGGACCCAGGGGCUGAAGGAGAGAUCUGCAGCCCUGCAGUGGGAGCUCCGCUCUCUGGACCAGGCGCUCAGUUAUAGUGAACCACAGAACAACAUCACUCAGCUCCAACAGCACUGGCACAGCCUUCAGAACUGUGAGAAGUCACUAGAAGAUUUGGGUGUCAAAGUUCAGGACCUUUACCAGGAAGUAAAGGCUGCACCUGUCACUGACGAGCUGCCAGCAGAAAUUAUCACUGUGGUGGAGUCUUUACGCCAGCAGCAAGACAGUCUAAAGUCCAGGCUAAGCGAGCGCCAGGGUACCUGCUCUACAAACACAGCUCGCUGCCUGAUGGACUCCCUUCACGCCCUGCAGGAAUGGAACCAAAGCAAACCAUCAGAGUCCAGUUCUUCUGUGCAGGCAACGUUAGAGGGAGGUGAAAAGUUGCAGGAAAGCCUGCAGGAGGCGCUUUCUCACAAACAGUUUCUAACAGACUGUUUAAUGCCGGUCUUGUUUGAGAAACUGGGAAGAGAGGGUUCAGAGACACUCAGAGAAGCAGACAAACAUAAGACUUCUCUCAGCCAGUGCUUAAAGGAACUUAAUGAAAGGAGUAAACAAAAGCUGGCUUAUGAUCUAAAGGAGACGAAGACAUCUGUAGUGCCACCACCACGAAAAAACAAGCGCUCAACUGAGAAAAAAGAUCAAGUUCACCUACAGAAAAACAUUCCCUUAACAGAAAAAUCUAUUGAUGAUGAAUUAUCAGUUUCAUCUGAGCUGCAAACUGAGGCUAAACCAUUAUUGUCAACAGCAGCCAUGAAGGACACAAGUAUUACUGUUGUGGAGCAAACCAGAAUUGAACCAACAAAAGAUACAUUUCAGAGUACAACUUAUGCUUCAGAACCUUUUACAGCACAACAUACCUCUCAAGAGGCACAGUUUAAAAGUAUAAAGGUAGAUAUCACAGGUGAGCCUGCUGUAGCUGAGCAAAUGAAACCUGCUGCUGAGGGUCCUGUACUGAUCCAAAAGGUCAUUGAGCAGUCUGCACCGGGUGUUAGUGAUAAAACUACACCUGUUCCAUCCAGGAGAAAGUCCAAGACUUCAGCCACUGAUACAGAGCCUGCCCAGACUAAGGUGGAGCCUGAAAUGGUGAAAACUAUUAUUACUGAAGAGGUACCCAGAAAUCAGACAGGAACCGCUGCUGCGAAAGAAGCCACGAAAGUAGAUGAUAACCUGCAGAGUCUAGACGUGUCCUCAAAGAUUACUGUGGCAAAACCUGCACUGAUCAAGGGCGACGCUGUGAAUCUGACGUCUCUCCCAACUUCAGUGCCUAUCACAGAAACAGAUGCUGGGCAACCUAAGUCUGUAUCAAAAAGGCAAGAGUCGAAGAGUUCUACAAUUUCAGAGCCGGUCGCUACCCAAAGUAAAACUACGAAAUACUAUGCAGAGCUUGAAGAAACUAACGAAGAACCUAAGAAUGGGAAGACUUCUACAACUGCACAGCUGAUCACACAACCAGUUGAAACUGCUGUUUUGGGAGAAAGUAAUCUUUCACCAACCAAAAGAAAGUCAAAGCCAAAACUUUCCCCCGGAAUUUCUAGCAAGGAGAAAACACAGACCAUGGAAAAGCCUGAACAUGAAGUAGCUUUACUGAGAUCCAAGAAGCAAUGUGAAGCUGCUCUAGUGGAGGAAGAAACUAAGGUCAUACCAACCAGGAAGAAGUCAAAUAGUCUAGCUAUUUCCUCUGUUCCAGAGCCAGUGUCCACUGUUGAAAGAACAGCAGGUCUGCUGAAGGAACCUGAGAAGAAUUCAACCUCACAGUUUGUUCCAGAGUCAACCAACACUGCUGUUUUGGUACAAAGUGAGGUUUUACCACCCAAGCGAAAAUCAAAGAGUCCAAAACUUUCCCAAAAACCGGCCGACCAGCAGGCAGCACAGAUGAUGAAAGAACUGGAAAGGUCUGAUUUGAGUUUGAGGGAGCAAGCUGAAAGUGUUGUGAUUAAGGAAACAAAGCUCAUACCAACCAGAAGAAAAUCAAAAAGUGCUGAACCUACCACAACUUUGCAGCAAGUAGAACUUGAAGAUAAUAAGAAAGAACCUGACAGCCUGAAGUCUUCUUCAACUGCACAGGUGGUCAUAGAACCAACUGUUGUUGUGACAGAAAAUAAGCUUUCUCCAACCAAAAGAAGAUCCAAGGGCUCAACACUAUUCCCAGAACAUGAUACCAAAGAGGUAGCAGAGACUAAGCAAGACCCUGGAAGUCAGGAACCUUCAUCAAGCUCCACAGUGCAAACUGAAACAGUUGUUGUUGAAGAAACAAAGAAUAUAGCAACCAUUAUUCUAGAUGUUUCAGAGCCAUACACUAAUGCCCCUUUAACAACUCCCACUGAGGUAACAGCAGCUAGGAGAAAUUCAAAGAGUAAUGAACUUACCACAACUGUGGACCAAUCUAAACCUGAAGAUGAUAAAAAAGAACCUGACAGAAAAGUUGCUGUUGUGGAAGAAACUAAGGUUAUACCAAUCAGAAGGAAGUCAAAGGAAGAGCCUGAUGUUCAGAAGCCAUCUCUAACACCAGGCAUGGUCAUACGACCAACUGAAAUUACUGAAACUACCAAGGUGGAAAAAGGUAAACUUUCACCAACCAAAAGAAAGUCAAAGGGUCUGAAACUUUCCCUAGAAGUUGCUACCACAGAGUUAACACAGACCGUGGAAGAACCUGACAGUCAGAAACUAUCUUCAACUUCAGAGGCGGUCAAAACAACUACUGAAAUUACCGUUGUGGAAAAAGGAAAGCUUUCACCAACCAAAAGGAAGUCGAAGGGUCUGAAAAUAUCCCCAGAACUUGCAACCACAACGCUGAUACAGACCAAGGAAGAACCUGACAGCCUGAAGUCUUCUUCAACUCCACAGGUGGUCACAGAAGCAACUGUAGGAAGUCAGAAUCCUUCUUUGAGCUCCAGAGAGCAAACUGAAAUUGUUGUUGUUGGAGAAACAAAGAAUAUAGCAACCAUUCUUCUAGAUGUUUCAGAGCCAUUCACUACUGUCCCUGUAACAACUGCUCCUGAAGUUACAACAACUAGGAGAAAGUCAAAGAGUCUUGAGGUUUCCUCAGUUCCAGAGUCAGUAUCUCCCCUUGGUAGAGUUACUGGUGUGGAGCCCAGAGAAACAAAACAAGAACCUGUAAAUAAUACCACAACACCAGAGUUUGUUCAAGGACAGGCUGAAACUGCUGUUAUGGAACAAAGUAAGUUUCUACCACCCAAGAGAAAGUCAAAGAGCACAGAACUUCCUCUUAAACCUGCUGACAAUGAGGUGCCUCAGACAAGGGAAGAGCCUGAAGGUCAUAAGUCUUUGAGUUCCAAUGACCAAAAUAAAAGUGUUGUUAUUGAAGAAACAAAGCUUGCACCAACCAGAAGAAAGUCAAAGAGUGGUGACUUUUCCACAGCUUCUGAGACAGUUACCCAUGUUGGAUUACCUGAUGUGGAGCCUGAACAAAAUAAGAAAGAACUAGACAGUCAAACAUCCUCCACUCAGGAUGUGGUCACAGGACCAAUUCAAAGUACUGUUGUAGAAAAGGAAAAAGCUAAGCUUUCACCAACCAAACGAAAGUCAAAGGGUCUCAAACUCUCCCCAGAGCUUGCUACCAAGGAUGUGACAGAGACCAAAAAAGAGCCUGACAGACGGAAAUCUUUAGAGCAAACUGAAACUAUUAUUUUGAAAGAAACAAAGCUUUUACCAAGCAGGAGGAAGUCAAAAAGUUUGGAUGUUUCUGCAACUCUAGAGCCUGUCAUUGGUGGAACUCUUGAUUCAGAGUCAAAAGAAGUGAGGAUGGAACUUGAAAGUGGGAGUGCUUCUGCAACUGCACAGGUAGUCACAGGAAUAACUGAAACACAGGCCAUGGAAAAGCAUGGACAAGCAAGUCAGUUAACUGAAGCUGCUGUCGUGGAAACUAAGACUAUACCAAUCAGAAGGAAGUCAAAGGAAGGCCCUGACAGUCAGAAGUCAUCUCUAACUCCAGGCUUGGUUAAAGGACCAGCUGAAAUUAUUGAAACAAUUGUCGAAAAAGGUAAGCUUUCACCAACCAAAAGAAAGUCAAAGGGUCUGAAACUUUCCCCAGAACUUGCAACCACAGAGCUGACACAGACCAUGAAAGAGCCUGACACUCAAAAACCAUCUUCAACUUCAGAGGUGGUCACAACAACAACUGAAAUUACUGUUGGGGAAAAAGGAAAGCUUUCACCAACAAAAACGAAGUCAAAAGGUCUGAAACUUUCUCCAGAACUUGCAACCACAGAGCCCAAGGAAGCACCUGACACACAAAAACCAUCUUCAACCUCAGAGGUGGUCAAAACAACUACUGAAAUUACUGUUGUGGAAAAAGGUACACUUUCACCAACCAAAAGACACUCAAAGGGUUUGAAAUCUUCCCCAGAACUUGCAGCCACAGUGCUGAAACAGACCAAGGAAGAACCUGACAGCCUGAAGUCUUCUUCAACUCCAGAAGUGUCCACAGAAGCAACUGUAGGAAGUCAGAAUCCUUCUUUGAGCUCCAGAGUGCAAACUAAAAAUGUUGUUGUUGAAGAAACAAAGAAGAUAGCAACUAUUAUUCUAGAUGUUUCAGAGCCAUUCACUACUGCCCCUCUAACAACUGAUCCUGAAGUUCUACCUACCAGGAGGAAGUCAAAGAGUGCUGAACCUACCCAAACAUUGCAGCAAGUAGAACCUAAAGAUAAUGAGAAAGAACCUGAAAGCCUAAAGUCAUCUUCAGCUCCACAGGUGGUCACAGAACCAACUGUUGUAAAAGAAAACAAGCUUUCUGGAAGCCCAGAACACGAUACCAAGGAAGUGGCACAGGCAAAGCAAGAUCCUGGAAGUCAGAAACCUGCACUGAGCUCCAGAGAGCAAACUGAAAUUGUUGUUGUUGGAGAAACAAAGAAUAUAGCAACCAUUCUUCUAGAUGUUUCAGAGCCAGUCAUUACUGUCCCUGUAACAACUGCUCCUGAAGUUACACCAACCAGGAGGAAGUCAAAGAGUCUUGAGGUUUCCUCAGUUCCAGAGUCAGUAUCUCCCCUUGGUAGAGAUACUGGUGUGGAGCCAAGAGAAACAAAACAAGAACCUGUAAAUAAUACUACAACCCCAAAGUUUGUUCAAGGACAGACUGAAACUGCUGUUAUGGAACAAAGUGAGUUUCUACCACCCAAGAGAAAGUCAAAGAGCACAGAACUUCCUCUUAAACCUGCUGACACUGAGGUGCCUCAGACAAGGGAAGAGCCUGAAGGUCAUAAGUCUUUGAGUUCCAAUGACCAAAAUAAAAAUGUUGUUAUUGAAGAAACAAAGUUUGCACCAACCAGAAGAAAGUCAAAGAGUGGUGACUUUUCCACAGCUUCUGAGACAGUUGCUCAUGUUGGAUUACCUGAUGUGGAGCCUGAACAAAGUAAGAAAGAACUAGAGGGUCAAACGUCCUCCACCCAGGAUGUGGUCACAGGACCAAUUCAAAGUACUGUUGUAGAAAAGGAAAAAGCUAAGCUUUCACCAACCAAACGAAAGUCAAAGAGUCUAAAACUCUCCCCAGAGCCUGCUACCAAGGAUGUGACAGAGACCAAAAAAGAGCCUGACAGACGGAGAUCUUUAGAGCAAACUGAAACCAUUAUUUUGAAAGAAACAAAGCUUUUACCAAGCAGGAGGAAGUCAAAAAGUUUGGAUGUUUCUGCAGCUCUAGAGCCUGUCAUUGGUGGAACUCUUGAUUCAGAGUCAAAGGAAGUGGGGAUGGAACUUGAAAGUGGGAGUGCUUUUGCAACUGCACAGGUAGUCACAGGAAUAACUGAAACACAGGCCAUGGAAAAGCAUGGACAAGCAAGUCAGUUAACUGAAGCUGUUGUCGUGGAAACUAAGACUAUACCAAUCAGGAGGAAGUCAAAGGAAGGCCCUGACAGUCAGAAGUCAUCUCUAACUCCAGGCUUGGUUAAAGGACCAGCUGAAAUUAUUGAAACUAUUGUUGAAAAAGGAAAGCUUUCACCAACCAAAAGAAAGUCAAAGGGUUUGAAACUUUCCCCAGAACCUGCUACUACUGAGCUGACCCAGUCUAAGAAAGAACCUGAAACUCAAAAACAAUCUUUAAUCUCAGAGGUGGUCAAAACAACUACUGAAAUUACUGUUGUGGAAAAAGGUACACUUUCACCAACCAACGGACACUCAAAGGGUUUGAAAUCUUCCCCAGAACUUGCAGCCACAAUGCUAACAGAGCCAGAGGAAGAGUCUGACACUGAGAAACCAUCAUCAACUUCAGAGGUGGUCACAACAACAACUGAAAUCAGUUUUGUUUCACCAACCCAAAGACAAAAAACUGAAGAUGUGGUUAUGGAAGAACCUAAGGUUAUACCAACCAGAAUGACCUUACCAGAAAGUGAGGAAAUGUCAAUUUCUCCAGAAACAGCAUCUGCACUCAAAAGAAGCACAAAUGAAACCGAGAAAAAGAAAGAACAUGUGAAUAAGUCUUCUGCAGCCCCAGAAUGUGCUCCUGCUGAACCUUUCUCCAAGCCUACUGAUCCACCAUGUGUUGCAGACUACAUAGAGGAGUUAUGUAAAAACACUGCUGAGAUUCAGAAGAGAUAUCUGGUCCUUGAUCUGCCUGAAAUAGGAGUCACCCAGACAUUUGAGAUAAAGCCACAUCAGGCAGAGGCAGAUACUGUGGUUGAAAGUGACUCAACUCAACCUACCUCUGCUAUUUUUUCAGGGGCACAGCCUCACACAGAAAAAACAGAGUUUUUAGGAAUAAACUCAUCAAAGGGAGAAAUAAUAAAACCAAGUGAAACUGUGAGUCAGCUAAAGUUCUUGGAAACCACUCAGGAAAAACCCAAAAAGGACAUGGAACAUGGUAUCAAAGAAGAGCCUGAUAAAGUAUCUACAUGUGAUAAUCAUGAUGCACCUAAGAGCCUGGAGAAAAACCCUUUCAAUCUGAAAGAAAUCCUCAAGGGGGCUGACAUGCACGUUUUAGAAAUGAAUACACAGACUGGUAUACAUAAGCAAGAUCAUACAACUGUCUCAACAGACAGACAACCAGUGAUGGAUAUGCACCAAUCAAGUAUGCAAUGUAAGACAGAACCACAAAGCAAGGAUAUUACUAUCACUGAUAUUCAGCCAGAUAAGGCUGCAGUUAAGGUGACCAGGGUAGAAGUGCAGGAGAGUAAAUGUCAAGACACUGGAGCAGCAGUGCAGCCAAGUGCAGCAAAGACAACAUUUGCACAAAUAAGCUUGCCUGAACAAGAGAAAGUAAAACCAAGCCAAAAGUUGGAGCUCUUGAGAACCACACAGGAAAGACCCAAAGAGGCCAAGGAUGAUGUCCAGGGAGAGGAUGGUCAAGUGUUGACACAUGAUGCACAUGAUGCACCAAAGAGCCUGGAUGAAAAGUCUGUUAAGGAAAUCCACUUGCGGCCUGAAGUGUGCAUUCUACAACUAGAUAUACAGACCAGUCCAGAGGAGGAAAACACAUCUGUCACAGGAGCUGUUCAAACAAGUAUCCAGAGUGAAAGAGUGCCAAAGAGCAAAGAUAGGACUGCUUCUGAAGUUAAGUCAGAGGAGGGUGCAAUUAAGAUGACUACAAAAGAAGUGGGAGAAAGCAGUACUGAAUGUCCAGACAAUAUGCCUCAAAGAGACUCUGCUCAAUGGACCUCUCCUGUUUCUGACUCAUUACAACCACAUGUGACAGAGACAGAAUUUAUAGAAAUAAACAUAUAUGAGCAAGACAUAGUAAAACCAAUCCAAACUGAAACUAAAAUAGAGCUCUUGAAAACCACACAGGAUAGACCUACAGAGGUCAAGGAACAUGGGGAAGAGCACCCUAAAGUGUCUGUUCAGAAAAUCCACAUGGGACCGGAAGUGCAUGUUUUGAAACCAGAUAUACCGACCAGUUCUGAGCAUCAUGAAAACAUCUCUGUCAUGAUAGCAAAGAAGCCAAGAAUAGAUACAGUUCAAACUAGUGUACAGUGCGAGAAAGUGCCUGAAAACAAAGAUGAAACUUCAGCUGAUGUUAAACUAGAGAAGGCUGCAGUUAAGACAAGAGUAGAAGUGCAACAAAUCAACACUGAAAGGAAAGAGAAUGUGGAUCACAGUGAUUCCACUAAACCCACCUCUGUUGCUUUUGCAGCAGUGCAGCCAAGUGAAGCAGAGACAACAUAUACAGAAAUAAUCUUAUCUGAGCAAGACACAGUAAAACCAAGUGAAACAGUGAUUGAGGUAGAGCUCAUGAAAACCACACCCAAAAAGGUCAAGGAUGGCAACGUGCAAGAAGUGCAUGCUGAAGUUUCAAUAAAAGAUGUGCAUGAUACACCCCAGAGCCUUGCUGAAAAGUCUGUUAUGAUAGCAAAGGCACCAAGGAUUGAUAUAGAUCAAGCAAGUAUCCAGUGUGAAGUGCCAGAAAACAAGGACUUGACUUCAGCUGAUGUUCAGCCAGAGAAGGAUACAGUUGAAAAGACAAGAGUAAAAGUGCAAGAAAUCAGUACUAAAAGGCAAGAGAAAGUGGCUAAACGUGACUCCACUCACCUACCUACCUCUGCCGCUGUAACCGCUCAGCCCCAUCAUCCAGGGACAGAAUUUGUUGAGAUAACCUUGUCUGAACAAGACCAGUUGAAACCAAGCCAAACUGUGACUCAAAUAGAAAUCUUCAAAACCAUAUUGGAAAGACCCAAAGAGGUCAAGGUUCAUAGUGUUCAUGAAAAACCGGCUGAAGUGCUAUCACGUGAUGUACCCAAGAGCCUGGAUGAAAAGUCUGUUAAAAAGGAAGAAAUCCACAUGAGUGUACAUGAAUACAAAACUGUCACAAUAGAAAAGGAACCACGGAUGGAAUCAAGUGUCGACUUUGAGACAGUUAAAGAAAGCAUGGAUGUGACUCCCACUGAUAUUCAACUUGACAAGUCUGCAGUUAAGAUGACCAGCGUAGAAGUGCAAGAAAGCUUUACUGAAUCCCUGUCUGAACCCAGUGUGGUCCCUAGAACCCAAACAGAGAGACACACAACAGAUGUAAAGGAGGAAGAACAGAAGGAGGGGAAGAGAAGGACAAUUCAGGAAGAGGAAAGGGAAAAAAUUGUCACAGUAGAAGUACAAAAUGUUCAACUUCCAAUGGCCACGACCACCACCACUGGUGAAGUGAGGCUUCAGAGUAUGGAUUUGCCACAGCAGGUGUACAAGGCUGACAAGAUAUCACCAGCAUCAUCGCAGGCAGUUCAGAAAACUUCACCUGACAUUAUCUGGGGUGAGGCAACCCUGGUGGAAGGAUUGCCCUCUCAGGAAAACAAAGCUCAAACAGUAACAAGUGUUGUGACGACUGAGAAGUUUGUUCUGGAGGUACCAGAGGGAACUGCCACGGGGAGCAUCUUCACAGAAAUACAGCCACUUGCAGGGACAGGACCCAACAGUCAACUAAUUAAGGGUAAACCAUUGGAGGAUGCUCCACAGGCUCUGAUUACAUCCACCAGUGACCUGGACAAUCAUCUGAGCAGGCUGGUGUAUAAAGUCCUGAGCUGCAAGAACCAUCCAGCUGAGCUCAACCCAACAGCCAUGGCCCAGCAGCUGGAGGAGGCUCAGGAGUGCAGAGAGACUGCCCAGGCACAGGUGUCAUUGCUCUCUCAGUUGAAAGGCGCUGAUGCUGAGAACAGGGAUGCUCUGGAGCUUGUAGAGGACCAGUGGUAUACUGCUGUUCAGGAUGCAGCUGCUGUUAUCCAGAGUAAAGAGGCCCAACUGCAGGUGCUGACUGAUUACUGCAGACAGAUCCAAGCAGUCAAGACCACGCUGGAGAGACUGACAGCAGAACUUGAUGCUGUUAAAAUUUCCCCAGAGGAGAGCAGCUCCAAGGAUGCAGAGCGACUAGCCUCCUUACAGAGAAGUAUAGAGGAGAACAGAUCAGUACUUGGGGAGAUGCUCAUAACCCAUACCAAGCUAUGUCCCCACCUCAGCCGGUCGGAGCAGGCAACCACACAGACUGAGCAGAAAAAUCUACAAGACAAGUGGAGAAGCCUGGAAAGAGCAGUCGAGAGGACCUUGUAUCACAGAAAUAUCCAUUCUCACGAAACCAACAGCCUUCUGUCUGCGAUAUCAAGUCUUCAGGAACAUUUGGAGACAAUCAGCAAAGACCUUGAAGCCAAGUCACCUUCAGUUACUCAAUGGAAUUGCAAGAAGGCGCAAGAGCUGAUGGUGGCAAAUGCUGAGGUUAAAGAUGCCCAGCAAAAAUACCUUUAUUUGCAGCAGCUGUCAGAGGUGCUACUCAUUAGCUCACAGCGGGAGAAGGAAACACAAAAGAUACAACAGGGACUUCAGAGGGUCAAAGAUCAGCUUUCCCACACAGAGGAACUAGUGUCUUCCCAAACUCAAAACAGCAGCAACCCCAUCAUGGAGAAAAUUAUUGUGGUGAUGAGGGAUGGCCUUGCCUGGGCAAAGCAGACAGAGAGUGACAUUGAGGGCAGGAGGAAGAGGGUGGCUCUGCUCCCUGAGGAGGUGCACCGGCAGCUCAGAGAUUUGAAGAAGCUGCAGUCUGAGGUCAUGGCCAAAGAGGGCCAAUUGGAGUCACUGGUGGAGGAGGUGACGGAGCUCCUUCCACAGCUGGACCAGGCUGAGGAAGUGCCCAUGGUUCGCUCUUGUCUGGAAUCCCUUCAAGAACUCUCAAAGUUGACUACUGAGAAGCUAGCCAAGGCUGUGAGAGAGAUAGAGUCAGGACUGCAGACCAGAGAAAAACUGUCAGAGCAGAUUGCUGACCUAGACUCCUGGGUUGUGGCUCAUUUGCAUAGAGAGGCCUUGAGGAGUGCAGAUGAUGAGCUCAGGAGCCCUAUUGAACUUGAUCGCAGAGUUCGUCAGAUCCAAGAGACCGUGGCUGAGGCUGAAAAGCAGGGCCCUGUGUGUGAGGCUCUUUUAAUGAAGAGUAAAGACAUUGCCUCUGAACUCAGCAUCACAGAGAACUGUCAGCUUUUUAACAAGCUUACCAAGCUCAAGGAGGACAUCCGAGACAUCAGCAGCUAUGAGAAGGCCAACAAAAAGGAGCUGGACAAACUCACCCAGACUGUAGAUUCAAGCAAGAAAAACCUGGUCACCAUUGAAAAAAGCCUUAGGCAGAUGUUAGUAGAUCUUAAUAGACACAGGUACCCCAUCACAAGAGAGUCUCUGCAGGCUUUGGAGCCUUUCAAACACAUGAUUUUGGAGCACAAGUCCCAGGUUGACCUUCUGCAAUCUUGGAUUCCCCAGGAAAAGACAAGGGUACUGUACUCAGUCAUUUCUGAGCUUCACAGCAAAAUGGCCACCCUUGAAAUGAAAUCCAGAGAUCAUGAGAGCUACCUGUACGUGAGGCAGUGUGUGGAGGACCUCAGGGAGAAUGUUCAGGCGCAGGUCCAUCAGACCAAAGAAGACAGCAGGGAGCUGGAGGAGAAGUACAAACUCUGUCAGGCGCUCCUCGUCCAGUUACCUCUAUUAAAGUAUUUGUCCGAGGAGGCUCACACCAAACUCCAGAUGAUUUCUGCUGACCUCUACCCCUCACAGCUGACCACAGAGCAACGCAGACUAAAACAAAAUGUGGAUAGCCUUGACACCUUGGAGAUGACACUCUACAAUAACCUUAGCAUCCUUGAGAGGAAGCUGCUGAAGGAACUGGACCUGGAGUCCGAAAAGAAAACCACUCAGGCCUUCCUCUGGAAGAACCACCUGGAGCUCCAGAAACUUCCCAUGUUGGAGCCAAAUGAAACAGCAAUUAAAAACGAAUACUGCAGAAUCCUGUCUUUGAAAAAGACUGUAGAGUCAAGAAUGAGAGCGCUGGAGGUUCUAGAGAAGCAGAAGGGAACCAAACGAGGAAGCGGAUCCCAAAAUCUAAUGGACUUGAAGAAAGCAGUCCUCAUUGAAUGUGACUCACAAAUGGAGAAGAUCUCCCAGGCUAGGGACUCUUUGAGAAGCUACACAUGCGCUGUUAGACAAGCAGUACAAUUCCUGAGGGACAUCGACGUCUCUCUGCUGCCACCACAGGGCUCUGCUGGACUCUGCUCUGAAAGGCUGGUGGAGACCCAACAAGCUUUGGCCUCGCUCCAGCAGAGAUUCCAGACCCAUGUGGAGCAGCUCCAGAGUCAAGUUGCCCUGCAUCCUUACCUGUCCCCCCAGAAGGUGGAGCAGCUCCAGGAGAACAUUCUGAGCCAGCUCCUGGUGAGGAUGUCCACGCUCCAGGCAAAGGGACACAUACAACUGGAGCGUCUGAGCAGGUGUGCAGAAAAUCACAGAAAAUACACCAAGUGCCAAGAUGAAAUCAUCCUGAGUGUGAAGAGCACAGAGAACAACCUCUUACAGGUCAUACGUCAAAAGGUCACCUGUCUCGCUGACUGCACUGACCAAGAAGCAAAGCUCAGAGCUCUGUGUGAGGAGGUGGAGUCCUUGCAGAGGCGUCUGGAGGAGCUGAAGGAGUGGUGCCCAGAGCAGAGCUGUUGUGGAGGCCGAGUGGCAACAGUGACUGUCGUCUGGAAACGGGUAACAAGACUAUUUCGCUGCACACGGGAGCUGACAACUCGUAGUAAGCAGAGGAACGCAGAAUGGAGCGAAAUCACCAACAGUGUGGAGAAGGCCUCCGUUGUCCUGGAGCAGGUGGAGGCGGAGCUUCCUGAUGGCUCCCGUGUGAAGUCCUCCUCUGAGGAGCUUCAGGACCUGCUGCAGUCCUGGGAACAGUACCAGGACAGACUGGACUGUGAACAUCGAGCCCUGUCCGCACUGGAACUCCGCACUGCCAGGCUGCUGGGUGUCCCCGCUCACCUGGAGCAGGCCCCUACCGCACCGCUCUGUCAGCAGCUGCAGGCGAUGCAGGCUCGAUACGGCAGUGUAAAGCAGAGGAGCAGGGAGGGUCUAGAAGCGGCCAGGAUGGAGCUGGAGGAGAGAGAAAAGGUUCGGGAGGAGCUGCAGGGCAUCCGGGUUUGGCUGGAGGCUGCAGAUGGUCUUCUGUCAGAGAUGGAACAAAGCAGAAGCACACAGGAGCUUCAGGAGGUUCACAGCCAGCUGUGUACCCAGAAGGCAUUGCUCCAGCGCAUCAUGGAGAACCUGAAGAUGAAGUACUCAGACAUGUAUACUCUGGUCCCGGUUGAGAUCGAAGGCCAGCUGCAGGAGGUCACGGAGUCGCUGAAGCAAGUAGAAGUAAAGGUGGGAGAGGCGGUGAAGAAGAGUGGGCCCGUCCACAGGCUGGGGGCAAAGCUGUCUGAGAUCCAGGCUGGCCUGAAGUCAGUUCAGAAAAGACUGGAACAGAGAAGCCCCACUGUGACUCAAGCAAAGAUCACUCAGAAGCGUGUGUGGGAUGAGCUCGAUGUGUGGCACUCGUGUCUGGCAGCGCUGGAGGUGGACAUGCAGGACUUAGAGAAGCCAGAGGAGGCUCUGAUGCUCACUGAGAGACUUGUGGAGGUCCAGCAGCUCCACUCGCAGCUGGCCAAGCAGGCGGAGCAGAGGACCACCCUCAUCAGCAAGAUUCAUACAUGGCUUCAGGAGCAUCAGGAGAUGAUCAAGAGCUCUAAAAGCUGGAUGGCCGAGGCUCAGACAUGGCUCGCUGCCCCUUGCACCUACACCAGCGCUAAAUGUCUGAGCAGUCACGUUCAGGCUCUGCAGACGGUGUUGGAUGACUCGGAACAGAUCCGAACCACGCUGCAGGGCUUCAGCUCAGUCCUGAAGGAAAUGUCGCAGGUUUGCGACAUCACAACUCUCCAAGAACAACUGGUCGAAGCAGAUCGCCAAGUGGCCAACGUUCAGGACAGCUUCACUACUCCCCUGUCUCAACUGGAGCACGCUGCUGCCGAGGUGGAAGCCAUUGAGAGUGAAGUCAGGCGGAUGGAGAAUGAUGUGACUGAGAUCAAGACCUUGUUAUCGUCUCCGGAGACUUUCCCCACUCCCAGAGAAGAAAGCCUCAAGGCUGUUGAGCAGAGGAUCCAGUCCAUGAGGAGGACUAUAGCGGAGAUCCAGAAGUGUAAACCAGGCCUUUGUCUUCCAGAAAAGGCUGAAGAGACUCUGACUGUCUUUAUUAUAGUGGACCAGCUCCAGAGUCUGUUACUGGAACUGGAGAAGAAGGUUCCUGCUCUGUUCAUCCAGCAGCCUCCGACUCCAAUCCAAGCCAAAGCACUGUCGGCCCAGCAGACGGCGUCUCAGCCUCAACUCCUAAAAUCCACUUCAGUGGAAGCUGAGAAGGAGGACACAGAGGGCCUAAUCAGAAUUGCCCACGUUGAAGCGGAUGUACUGGAGAGAUCCGGAGCCAAGCUACUGACUGUGGAGCAGUCCUCACCUGAACAGAGGAAGUCCUGGACACCUGACAGCGCUACGCAGUGGGAGCAUCAAGGCGUGCUCCAGGCUGAAGAAGCCAGAGGGAAAAAAGGGAGUGAGGAGCAGAGAGUGGAAGAAGGUGGAGGAGGUGUUUUAUGGUGGCUCUGGGAUGCUUUCCUUGGCGCUUCUCCAGAGGAACCUUUGGUCGUUGUCCCAGAGGAGACUGAAGUUACCACUGGACACGGCAGUGAACAGACUGGAGAAGAUAGACAGGAUGUUGAGGGCCCCACUGACACCACAGAAGCAAGUUCAUCUGAAGCUUUAUCAAAACCCCUGGGCACAGUCAGAACUCAGUCACUGCCCGAGAGCAUGGUAAACACAGCCUCCACCGUAAAAGUCUCCAAAUCUGACUCUGGAGCCCAGCAGAAAUGUGUGGUCUCCCCUGAGGCCUCUCUUCUUUCUCUCUGUCUCUCUGUCAUUCUCUCUCGCUCUUCCUGUGAUAAAGAGUCGCUGUCACUGGAGCCCUGCCACCGGCUCCAGGAAGUGGUUUCAGCCACAGGUGGGUGGAGCAGAGAGGCAAAGAAAGAGGAGAGCGAGGGAAAGAGACAGACAGGGGAGAGAGACUGGAAGUGGUGGUGUGAGAAACAGAAUUACAGCUCAGAAUUUAGAUCAACAGUAGAGCUGCAACCUGUUCAGGCCCCGGAGGAGCCUCGGCCGGCUGGGUCCCAACCUGGGCCCCGCCCCAGCGAAGGUGUCCUGCAUGUCUGCCUGGAGAGGGUUGGCCAGCUGGAGCUGUGGCUGUGGAAAGCUCAGAGCAGCCUGGUAGCCUCCGGAGCCGCUGGUUCACCGACCAUGCAGGACAGCAUGGAGCAGCAACUCCUCACCUGUCAGGAGAUGUUCCUGGAGAUCGAGCAGAAGGUCGCCAGCCUGUCGGAGCUCGGCCUGGCCGCUGACCAGCAGCUGCAGCAGCAGGAUGAACUGGGAGCUGUGGGGGCCCAGCAGGAAGCGGCUGAGCUGCUCUCCUCCAAACUGGAGCUCCUGAAGGCCAACCUGGUCAGCUUCCAACAGCUGCUGCAGGACAGACAGACAGAGGCCCACAAGGAGCCGCAGGAACUGAAGUCGGAUCCUCAGCCAGAGCACCACCUGGAGUCACAGUUGAAGCGCAGCAGCAGCGUUCAAGAAAUCUUCUCCUCACCUAGAAACAAACUGCUCAGACAGAGCAGCCUGCAACAGCAGAAGGAGUUUGAGCAGGAGCUGACUGAACAGAGAGGACUGACUCAGGCCAUCGCCAGGCAGGGCAGCAGGACUCGACUCGUCAGCCAGGACCCAGAGGACUACAGCCAGCUGUCACCAUGGUCGCCUCCUGCUGCGGCUGAUGAGGAGGAGGACUCUGCUCAGAAGAAGUGGGAUCGCCUUCACAGUCGGCUGCUGGGUUUGGAGGAGAGUUGGCUGCUUCCUCCCUCUGCGGUGACAGACUCAUCUACGAGGCGUAGUGAUGGAACAGCAGGACGUAUGAUUGGCACACAAACUCUGAAAGAGCUCCAGACUCACAUCAGCCACCUGAGAGAGCUGGGACACACAGCGACAGAGCGUCUGAAUCAGGCCCCCCCUGAGGACAGCUCCCAUCAGACGCUGGAUGAGGGUUUGUUUCAUGUGCUGUAUGGAGCGUCCCUGUCCCUGUCCUCCAUCAACAACCUGCUGCACUCAUCGGCUGGGACGACACACGACGGAGACACACAGCUGAGGCUGCUGCAGCUGCAGAGUCUGUCUGCAGAGCUGGCCACCCUCGGCAGCGAGGUGGCCUCUCAGGGGUCAAAGGUCAGCUGUGUCCUGGGGUCAGAGUGCGGUCAGCAGUGUGUAGAUGAUGUGUGUAGAGUCCUUCAUGUGGUCCAGGCCGCACUGACCAGCAGAGAGAAGCAGCUCAGAAACCUGCAGGAGGAGAAUGCAAAGCAACAGAUGCGACUAAAUGAGUUGCAUGCAGCCUUCACCUCUAACCAGACGACUGUUCACCAAAUAAUUAAUGAAUUCAGUGGAACCCUGGACCUUAACGAACAACUGCAGGCAGUGGUUCCGAUGCAGGAGGCUCUGCAGCAGCAGGUGGAGCAGGUGAGCUCCCUGCUGGGGGAGGCUGAACGACAAAACUUGCCGGCCUCUCUCAUCCACCAGGCCAAACAGCUGCAGGGUGAGCUGGACAGUUCUCUGGGUGGUGUUCGCUCCCGCUGUGAGGAGCUGAAGAGCAGCGUGGAGCUGCAGCAGCAGUACGAGCGGCUGGUCCACAGCCUGGAGGAGCUGCUCGCUCUGGGCUCUCAACGCCUCGCACAGCAGCCCGAGCUCCACAACAGAGCUCAGCUCCAGCAGCAGCUCAACAGUCACACGAAGUUCUUCCAGUUCCUGAGCCAUCAUUCUAGGAAUCUGCAGUACCUGACCCAGAGACUCCCAGAGAGCGCCCUCCAAAGGUGGGAAGGUGUAGUGAUGGGCCUGCAGGAUGAGGUGACCCGACUGCAGCAGCACGGACUGGAGAAGGGGACCAGGAUGGAGGAAAUAUUGCAGAUGUGGUCACAUUGGGAAGAGGACAGUGCCUGGUCAGACUCCCUGCUGAGAGGCAUUGACACUUCAUUUCCCAAGAUGCACGACGGGGGUGAUUCUGAGAAGCAGAUAUCAGAGAAGCUCUCUGUCUACCAGGAGCUGCGUGGCGUUCUGGACGGGAACAAGGCGCGGUUCAGUCGGAUGCUGGAGACGGGGUUCUGGCUGCAGACGGCGGGCUGUAGAGAAGUGGGUGUGUCCACCAGCCAGCUGGAGGCACGCUGUAGAGCCCUGCACAAGAAGGUGGAGCACAAAUGCACCAACGUAGCCUGGAACAGGAAGCUGAGGAGCAGGUUCCUUCGUGACUCUGCUGUACUGGCUGACUGGAUGGGCGGGGCCAGAGAGAUGAUUGACAAAUGGAGUCAGCUCUCUGUCUCAGCCAAUGAGGAGAUGGAUGUGGAACAGAGGCGGGACCACUAUCUCCAGUUUGUAACUUUGACCAAAGAGUCGGAGGCCAAAUCUGGACUGAAGGUGGCUGUAAUCGGUGCUGGAGCCCAGCUGGUCCAGCUGAGGGAAGCAGAUGGAGACUCAGAUGGAAAUCUAGAGGACAAAGAGGCUUCGCGAUGUCAGACUUCAGACCCAGAUCUCUGCUCCAUCCACUCCCAGCUCAGACAGAUAGAGAUGGACUGGUCCAGUCUGCUGGCCGAUGUUCCUGUGGUCCAACAAGCCCUACAUAAGCGAUGGGUGAAGACGUUGACCCAGCAGGGGGCGCUGCUGGAGCUGCAGGCCUGGCUGGAAGUUGCUGAGUCGCGCCUGGAGGAGCAACACAGCCAAAUCAACCGGACCUCCUCCACCAGCACCGUUCUGAGUCAGCUCCUGAAGUACUGCAAGGAGUGUCAGACAGAGAUGUUGGCCCAUCAGGCCACACUGGACUUUGUGAACCAGCCGUUACAGACAUGCAGUAUCGAGGAGGGCCAGAGGGGGCGCUAUGAGCACAACCAGUUCGCAGAGGAGCAGGGUCGUCUCAACCAUCAGUGGCUCAGUUUACAGGAAACUCUAAACUCUCAGGUCCAGGAAGUGGACCAGGAGCUGAGGAGCAGAGUGGAGCGGGAGGCCCGACUGCAGCAGAUCAACAGCUGGAUCGCAGAUCAGAACCUCUGGAUCGACUCAGCUCGGACUCCGAACAGCCAGACGGAGCUGCAGAGGAGCAUCAGCACCUGCCAGGAUCUGGAGGAGAAGAUCAGGCAGAAGUCUGCAGCUCUCCAGGAGUUGAGAGAUAAAGUUGAUGGUGGAGAAGAAACCAGCAGCUGUGAGUUCCUCUCUCAGACGGAGAAAUCCAUCCAGGCCUGUGCUGCUCUCACUCAACAGAAUGAAUCAGUGAAGCGGAGGCUGGUUCAGGCCCAGACGCUGUGGGACUGUGUGGAGAAGAGACUGAAUCAUGGGAUGCUGAAAACAAUGAGAACAUCUCAGACUCUCGAUCAUCACAGCAGCCCUCCGCUCUCCCUGCAGGCGCACAGAGAGCUCCAUGAAAAGCUGCAGCUUCUUCAUGAGGACUCAGAAGCUUCAGAGGCAGAGUGGGACGAACUGAGUGGAAGUGUCUCCUCCCUCAGAGACAUCAUCAGUCCUGCUGCUGCCGCCCUCCUUGCGGAUCAGCUGGACAGACAGAGAGACAGUUGGACUACGGUGUCUGCAGCGUUGGACCAGCAGCUCCAGAGGAGUCGGGGUGUCCUGCAGGUGUGGAAGGUCUAUGCCCGCCUGGCUACGUCUUUCUCCCAGCGGCUGCAGGCGCUGCAGAGUGACACUGAGUCAGCGCUGAGCAGCACGCCUGCAGACCAUAACACUGUGGAGCAGGUCGCUGUCAAGAUACACAACGUUCAGGGUCUCCUGGAGAGGACAGACACUCUACAGUCUGACCUGGAGGGGGUGCUGGAGGCCUCCAAGGACUUGACUGGCCACCUGGAACCUUCAGCUGCCAGUCUGGUCCAAUCAGAGAGCCGGUUGUUGUCACGUGGCAUCCAGCAGCUCAGCCGGACACUAACAGGGAAGCUGGGUCAGCUGCAGGAGGAGCUCGAGCGGCUGCAGGACUUUGGAAAGGUCCUGGAGGCGCUGGAGAGAAACCUGGAGCUUUGGCAGGAGCGUCUGCAGGAUGAGGCUCGGACAGCAGAGCAGUCUGGCCUCCUAGAGCCGAGCGGCCUGUCUGCUGACCUGGAUGUGCUGAAUGAGCUGAGCCGUAGCUUGACUCUGGGCGACGCUGCAGCACGCCGCCUGCAACGCCUCAACCACCACUGGGCCGACGCCUGCGCCAGGGCCGAGGAGGCCUGCAGUGAGCUGCAGACGGAGGCACUGAGACGGAAGAGUUUUGAGCAGAAGUGUGAGAGCUGGAUGUCUUUCCUGCAGAGGAUGGAGGACAGUCUGGCUGUAGAUGUUGCCGGCUCUUACGUUGGCCUCAGGCAGCAGCUCUGCACACACAAGAGGUUUCAGGCAGAGCUGUCCAUCGGUCACCAGAUUCUUCACUCCGUCAUCUCUGAAGCUCUUCAUCUGCUGCAGAAAGGAGAGGUAGAGGACAGGAGUGACUUCAUCCUGAAGCUUGCCCAGCUCCGGGAGCACUGGCAGGGGGCGGUGCAGCGGGCGGACCAGCGGCGCGCCCUGGUGGAGGGGCUGGUGAAGCACUGGCACCUGUACAGUCGCAGCCUGAAGAAGCUGCAGAGGUUCCUGUCGGACACGCAGACCCUCCUUCCCCCCGCAGGACCAGCCCGCUGCAGCCUGCAGCAUCUACGGCGCUCUCUCCAGGACCUCCAGCACACAGAGCUCUUGUUCCAGAGGUAUCAGUGCAGUUUUAUCCACACUCUGGACGUCGGUCGCCAGCUCUUCUGCAUGGGGGACGAGGAGACCCAGACUCAGCUGCAGACGGAUCUGGGAACCCUGCAGGAGGAGUGGGACAACCUCCACAGCCUGCUGGGCCGGAGGAUGGACCUCACAGAGGCCAUCGUCAAGAACUGGGAGCGCUGUGAGGCUGGACUAGCAGACAGCAUGCUGCAGCUGAAGGACGUGAAGACCAGACUGAACCAGUCGAUGCCAGAUAGCGACGAUGAGCUGGAGAGUGCCGAGAAAUUCACCAAGGAGAACGAGGACUCCCUGGAGGACUGGGCUGAGAGCCUGACGGAGCUGAGCACCAUGAAGACGGAUCUGUCCCAGUACAUCAUCGCCGACGAUGUCCUGCUGCUGCAGGAGCAGGUGGAGCACCUGCACUGUCAGUGGGAGGAACUCUGCCUCAAGGUGUCUCUGCGUAAACAGGAGAUCGCUGAUCGUCUGAACGCCUGGAUCAUCUUCAACGAGAAGAACAAGGAGCUGUGUGAGUGGCUGACGCAGAUGGAGAACAAGGUGGCGCACAACUCCGACCUCAAUAUCGAGGAGAUGGUGGAGAAACUCAAGAAGGACUGUAUGGAAGAGAUCAACCUGUUCAGUGAGAAUAAAACCCAUCUGAAGCAGCUCGGGGAACAGCUCAUCACAGCCAGCAACAAGACGAAAGAGACGGAGAUCAACGACAAGCUGAAGGACAUCAACGACCGCUGGCAGCAUCUGUUUGACCACAUAGAGGCCAGGGUGAGGAAGCUGAAGGAGACCCUGGUGACGGUGCAGCAGCUGGAUAAGAACAUGAGCAACCUGCGGACAUGGUUGUCUCGUAUCGAGGCGGAGCUGGCCAAGCCGGUGGUCUACAGCGUCUGCCACAGCGACGAGAUCCAGAGGAAACUGGCUGAGCAGCAGGAUCUGCAGCGAGAUAUUGAGCAGCAUACAGAGAGUGUGGCGUCUGUGCUGACGCUUUGCGACGUCCUGCUCCACGAUGCCGACGCCUGCGGCAGUGACUCCGAGAAUGACUCGAUCCAGCAGACCACCCGCAGCCUUGACCGACGCUGGAGAAACAUCUGUGCCAUGUCAAUGGAGAGGAGGAUGAGGAUUGAGGAGACUUGGCGUCUCUGGUGCAAGUUCCUGGACGACUACUCUCGCUUCGAAGACUGGCUGAAGACAUCUGAGCUCACUGCAGCAAACCCGGACUCCGCCAACGUCCUCUACACCAGCGCCAAAGAGGAGCUCAAGAAGUUUGAGGCGUUCCAGCGGCAGGUUCACGAGCGCCUGACUCAGCUGGAGCUGGUCAACAAACAGUAUCGUCGCCUGGCUCGGGAGAACCGGACUGAUGCCGCCAGCAAGCUCAAAGUCAUGGUCCACGAGGGGAACCAGAGAUGGGACAGCCUGCAGAGGAGGGUGGCUGCGGUUCUCCGCAGACUCAAGCACUUUACCUCUCAGAGAGAAGACUUUGAGGGGACCCGUGAGGGGAUCCUGGUCUGGCUGACAGAGAUGGACCUCCAGCUCACCAACGUGGAGCACUUCUCCGAGAGCGAUGUCGAAGACAAGAUGAGGCAGCUGAACGGCUUCCAGCAGGAAAUCACCCUGAACACCAACAAGAUCGACGCCCUGAUCGUGUUUGGGGAGAACCUGAUCCAGAAGAGCGCUCCACUGGACGCCGUGCUCAUCGAGGACGAGCUGGAGGAGCUGCACUCCUACUGCCAGGAGGUGUUCGGCAGAGUGGCUCGCUUCCACCACCGCCUGGUCAACAGACGCCCGGUCCUGGAGGAGGAGAGGGAUCUGUCGGACCGGGAUACAGACCUGGACGACACACCUGAUCUGACCAAUGGGACUUCCUGGAGGGGGGCGAGGAAGAAGGAGGAGGAAGAGGAGGAGGUUCCGGCAGUAGGUGGAGUCUCAGCCGGACGACAGGCCAUGUGUCACCUUCUGGCACCGCCUCUGGAGCGGUCGGGGCGAGAGACCCCCGUCAGUGUGGACUCUAUCCCGCUGGAGUGGGACCACACGGUCGACGUAGGGGGAUCAUCGUCGCACGAGGAUGACGAGGACGCCACCUACUUCAGCGCUCUGUCAGAUGUGAAGGUCACAGAGAGCUCAGAGUCGUUUGUUAAAGCGACGGUCAGAGCAGUGAACGCGGCCUCGGUGAAGUCAGUGACCGACCCGCCCAGCUGGCACCAGCCCAGCUCCCCAGAGAGGAAACGAGUUCCUAGAGAAAUCAUCCGAGGCCUGAGCUUGUGUCCCGCACACACCAGUACUCCCUUCCACCAGCAGGGCUACGUUAAGCUGAUGUCGGAGUGCAGCGGCAGCAUCAACAGCGUGAAGAGAGUCAAACUGAUCCUUAACGAUGAGGAGGAGCUGGACGAUCGGGGUCUGACCAGCAGCACCGCCGACAAACAGACCAGCACAGGUGUGAUUGAGCGCUGGGAGCUGCUGCAAGUCCAAAGGUUCAACCACGAGACGGACAUCAAGCAGGACCUGGAGCAGUGGCAGAAGCUGAACGCCGACCUCUGCGAUGUCACUUCCUGGUUGGGAAGGGUGCUGCCAGAGCUCGAGAGGCUGCAGCGGAUCACGCCGUCCACCAGCAUCCGAGACAUCGAAGUCAACAUCAGGAAACUAAAGGAGAUGCAGAAGACCUUCAACAGCUACAAGUGUCUGAUGAUCUCCGUCAACCUGAGCAGCCGUCACUUCCUGCGGGGCGACAGCGCCGAGCUGCGGGAGCUGCAGGACGCCCUCGCCUCGGCCAAUCACAGCUGGACACAGGCCUGCGGCGGCCUGGAGAGCUGGGAGAGGAGGCUGCACGCGGCGCUCAUGCAGUGUCAGGAGUUCCAUGAGACGCUGCACUCCCUGCUGCUGUGGCUCGCUCAGGCCGAGAACAAACUCCGCGGCGUGAACGUCAGCGAGCCGACGGCGCCACGCUCCGUCCUGCUGGAGCACCGAGACACGCUGACGACUCUGCAGGAGGAGCUGUGCGGCCGCCAGCAGCAGGUCUCCUCUCUGCAGGAGAUCUCCUCUCAGCUCCUCCUGGAGGCCACCGCAGAGGACAGCAUCGAGGCCAAGGAGAAGGUCCAUGUCAUCUGCAACAAACUGCGCCUCCUGCUGCGACAGGCGGCUGCUGACCUGCACACGCUGCAGGGAAGACUGGCACAGGAAACCUGCUCAACCAGCUCUGAAAUGGACAGCAUCGGUCUGGGAACACUGAGAUCUCCUCUGCUGCUGCACAAGGAGGACGCUGGUCUACAGGCAGCUACAGUUGGAAAACUGGCAACGAGAAGGGAGGAGAGGAGGGAUUCUUCCCCACGACGACCGCUCUUCUACCGGGUUCUACGAGCUGCCUUCCCCCUGCACCUGCUCUUCUUCAUGCUGCUGGUUCUGGCCUGCCUGGUGCCUCUGUCCGAAGAGGACUACAGCUGUACACUGUCCAACAACUUCGCCCGCUCCUUCUACCCCAUGCUGCGCUACACCAACGGCCCUCCGCCCACAUGAACACUGCCAUGACGCCCAGCGGUGGCGUUCGUCUAUGAGUUGGAGGACUGAAAGACCCGAGGCUGGAAUCCAAAAUGGACCCGUUAACAGUGUCAAAAUGCAAGGCACCUUCUCCCUUCACAAGAGAGAAAGAAGCACCGCCCUUCAUGUCCGAAGGCCCCAUCUUGUGUGUUUUUUGACUACAUUUUAUUGGUGUAUUUAAAAAUGUAUUUAUUAUUUGUGGAGCUCCACAGUUUAAAAAAAAAAAAGAAGCCAUAUCACUGGUUUGUUUUGAAGUUUUGUCUUUUUCCUAUAUGUAGAUUUGCCAUCUGACGUCCCCACUGAACAUUUUCAAUAUACGGUGCAAAGACAAAAAAAUGGUCAAGAUUUAUUUUAAUAUCGACAGUAUAUUUUCAUUUUUGUACUUUCACUAUAGUCCGUUGGAUCUAAUUUGAAGGAUAAAAGACCGUUAUUACCAAAGCGCCCAGAAAUCGAGGAGUAGCCAUUUUCUACCACUGCAGCUAUUUUUACUGUUUUUCAUAGAAGGCAGCCACUUGUUGAUAGCACAUUUUGUACAGAGAGGUGUGUUGUUUUGAUUUUGUUGUUUGAUUUAGUUGUUUGAUUUGGAGGUAUUUAAAAUAUGUAAGAUAUGACUUUUUUUAAAUGAUGGCAGUGACUCAUCUGCAGACAUGCCUUUCCUUUCUGUAGCCAACAGAACAACCAUAAUUAUCAGAUAAUGUACCUUUAAUGGUGAUGAAUUUUGUAUAUAAGGGAAAACUACUGAGAGAGAAAUAGGUAAAUUAUUGUUUCUGAGUGUGAGUGUGGAACUGAAACCUAUCAGUUAUUUAACAUGGGGCAAUAGUUUGAAAUGCUUUUAUAUUGUAUAUUUGUGGCAUUCAGAGUCAUACGCGGUUGUUACAGUGAAUUUUAGUAUUCCCUUUUCGUGAGAGCCGAUACGAUAAAAUACGAUGUCAAAUUUACAGCCAGUGUUUUCGGAGGUCAUUCUUGAAUAUUUUAGCAAAUCACUGAACCUAAAUGGUUAGCAAAAAAAAGGCACUGAUCCUCAAAUUAAAUCUGUAUUAGGCGAUUCUUUACCACUAGGUGGCAGAAAGCCUCUUAAACGCACUGACAGAAAUGCAUCUAAUGCUAACUGCUUUUAGCUAAUGUAGUAGCAUAAAAACUGCCUACUUGCACAUCCAGCAAACAAUAUCUGGCUCUUUAGCUAGAUGGUCCACUUUCUUAACUGACUACUAGCUAACUUUGUCCAUCUGCGUUUUGGUGCUGGACAUGUAGCUAAACUUUUGUUGUCGAUUAUGUUUGUUGGAAACUGCUUGCUAUGACAAAUGUGAGUUUGAACCAUUAAAUCUAUAUGCAGCAGUAUAUUCAAAACUGUUAGCUAAAAAGAGGCUGACGGUUCUGUACUACGGCUUCUGCUACAGUUAGGAGUUGAUUCUCAGUGUGCUCGCUAUUAUGAGCAACCCUUUUCAGAUUUGAGUCAUAUCAAAAUAUCGCUUAAUGAAGUUUUAAAGGUUUCUUUUUGAGAUAUGGUAACAGCAGUAUUAGCUCUGGGAGUCCUGUGUCCAAGGAUUAACAGCAGCAAACAUAUCACACUGCCAUCUAGCUGUUAAACAAGGUAACAAUGUGGCAGUGUCUUUUUUUUUAAUGCAAAAGAAAUCUGAACUAUCCUCCUUUAAGAAUAAUGACUUACCCAACGCUGUCCCAGUUGGCCUCAUGGAGUAAAGUCCUGCAGGAAUCAAACAGGUUAAAACAAAGACUGGUUUUUGAAAAACACAGUUUGUUGUUUAAAUACUGUAAUGUACAUGUGGGAUUUACCUGAACGCUGCUUUAAAAACACUCUUCAGUCGUGCAGACCUUCAGACUGGUGUCAAAAUCUGACAAGCCAGACUUGGAGUAGAACAUGAAUGUAAGUGAUCCUUUGGGCACUGAAUGUAGCUGUGUACAUGCACAAUCAAAGUAAUUAAAUGUAUUUAAUUUACAAUGUUAAUAUUGUUGAUCCUAAAUGUUAAAGAGAGUGUAUAAUUUGAUUUGAAACUCAGUGUUUGAUACCAAUUUGUACAUAAUCUCCUCACACGCCAGCAGAACAGAAACAAACAACAAAAAGUGUGUAAAGUUUGAUUUAUUUUGUGAACUCUUAUUUAUGGGAUGUAUAGAUUGUCAUUUUUGACUGACAAUAAACCGUGUUUGCCAUGA